UAUUUAACAAGAGCGGGAACGACACAAGAAAGGCGGUAAUUCAUCUCUUCACUCCUCGAUAGUGAAACUCUACUCUACUAGACGCGCUCUCUCUCUUCACUUUAGCGCUCGUUCGCUGUCAUUUUCAGUUGCACACGGUCUCUAUAUAUGCCGAUUCUUAGAUCUGUUCAACAAUGGUAGUUCCGUCACUUCACCGUGCGAAUACAUGUGAGAAUGGCAUUACUACUACUAGUCCGAGCAUAAACAAUGGCGUUUCAGUUGCCUCUGCUUUGAUGGUGUCUGACGUUUCCAUGGCCGCCGAUACCCCAAUAACAACAAAAUGUGAAGAAACAGUCAUUAGCCCCCCAAACCCAAAGUUAGAGAGAAGAACCAGUGCUAGGAUUCAAAAGCUGAAGAGCGAAGAAGCUAUUCGCAUCACUAGUAGCAGAAGAAAAGACUCGUUAAAUCACACACAAGAGAAGCUCGAGAAGGUCGUUCAGAAGAAAACCAAAGUGUUCAAAAGAAGAAAGGUGUGCCCUCCAGAAGAUGUGGCUCCUCUGGUGGUCGAUGAUGAUACUAAAGUUUCCAAUUCCAUUCUGGGUUUUGAGGCAGAGGCAAAGGCAAAGGCAAAGGCAAAGGCAAAUGCAAAUGCAAAUGAGACCAAAGACAGUGCUGCCAAUAUCGAGGGGGUUCGGGGGGUUACUGCGGCUGGGAUUGGGGCUGAGAAAAGUGCAUCUGCCCUUGUUACAGAGACUUUGAGGGCAUUUAACAAGCAUUAUCUUCACUUUGUCCAGGAAGAGGAAAAGAGGUGUGGAAAAGCAGAAGCUGAUCGAAAAGCAGCCAAAGGUUCAAAUUCUAAGAAAGGGAAUGCACCUGAGGAUGAUACAAAGCGUGGUUCGAAACGGCCUGAUCUGAAGGCUAUAAGUAAGAUGAUGGAGACCAAUGCCAUAUUGUAUCCGAAUAAAAGAUUUGGCCCCAUUCCAGGUAUUGAUGUUGGGCAUCAGUUCUUUUCACGGGCUGAGAUGGUUGCUGUAGGUUUUCAUAGCCACUGGCUGAAUGGAAUUGAUUACAUUGGGCAAACUGCUAGCAAGGAUUUUAGUGGCUACACGUUACCACUCACGAUUGCCAUUGUUCUGUCUGGUCAGUACGAGGAUGAUCUGGACAAUUGUGAUGAUAUUGUGUACACUGGUCAAGGUGGGAAUAAUUUGCUUGGCAAUAAACGUCAAGUACAGGAUCAAGUAAUGUUACGUGGUAAUUUGGGAGUGAAGAAUUGUAUGGAGCAAAGUGUGCCUGUUAGAGUUGUUCGUGGCCAUCAAUCUGCGAAUAGUUAUGUUGGCAAGGUUUACACAUAUGAUGGCUUAUACAAGGUUAUUAAUUACUGGGCAGAGAAAGGCGUUUCGGGAUUUACUGUUUAUAAAUUUAGACUGAAGCGGCUUGAGGGGCAACCUUUAUUGACUACUAAUCAGGUACAAUUUACUCGAGGUCGUAUCCCUAACUCGAUUUCAGACAUACGCGGGUUGGUAUGUGAGGACAUCACAGGGGGCCAAGAGGAUAUUCCCAUCCCUGCUACCAAUAUGGUUGAUGACCCACCUGUUGCACCCACAGGUUUCACAUAUUGCAAAAGCAUUCAAGUAGCAAAAAGCGUAGAGCUACCCAGUAAUGCCACUGGAUGUGUUUGCAAAGGUACCUGUAUAGAUCCCAGGAUCUGUGCUUGUGCUAGACUUAAUGGCUCAGACUUUCCAUAUGUUCGUCGUGAUGGUGGCAGAUUAGUUGAGCCCCAAGCUGUUGUGUUCGAGUGUGGUCCAAGUUGUGGCUGUGGACCUGGAUGUGUUAACCGUACUUCACAGAGAGGGCUGAGAUAUCGACUUGAGGUUUUCCGCACUCCAAAGAAAGGUUGGGGUGUGAGAUCUUGGGAUUAUAUUCCUUCUGGGGCGCCAGUGUGUGAAUACGUAGGAAUUCUCAUGAAGACAGAUGAGAUAGACACCUCUUAUGAAAAUAAUUAUAUUUUUGACAUUGAUUGUUUACAAACAAUGGAGGGGCUUGAUGGAAGAGAGAGGCGAUUGCGAGAUGUAUCUAUACCCACAUACCUGGACAAAAGUGGUGAUCAUAAAUCUGCAACUGUGCCAGAGUUUUGCAUUGAUGCAGGUACCACAGGGAAUGUUGCCAGAUUCAUCAAUCACAGUUGCCAGCCUAAUCUUUUUGUACAAUGUGUUCUGAGUUCACAUCAUGACAUCAAGCAAGCAAGGGUAGUUCUGUUUGCAGCGGACAACAUACCUCCAUUGAAGGAGCUUACAUAUGAUUAUGGCUAUGCCGUUGAUAGUGUACUUGGUCUUGAUGGCAAGGUAAGGCAAAUGGCGUGUUAUUGUGGUGCACCAGAUUGCCGGAAGCGUCUGUUAUAGGCUGGUGGUGUCAGUUUCUUUUGUAUAAGUGGUAUUGCUGUCCUCCCUGCCAAAUGUAUGUUGGUCGGUAACUAUUUUGCAACAAAUUUUUAGGAGUGAAAAUAUAGCAAAUAACUGGUGGCUGUAUUUCCUUCCAACACAAGAACUCUAAAUGUAAGUUGUGUGGUCCUUUUGUAUUUUGGGUAAAGUUUUGAAAUUAGGCAUCACAAUGUUGUAUUACAUUUACUUGAGUCUUCGACUCAUGCAUAGGAUGAAGGGUGACAGUUUGUACUUCAGCAUAUCACCCUUUGUACUGAGUUGAUGGCCCUUUAUAUAUGAUGGCCUUUUAUAUGUUUGGACCAACGAUUGUUGUGUGAACAGAAAUGAAAUUACUUGUGCUUCUGAUAUGUUUGUGGAUAUACA